GCUCCCCUGUCAUACUACGAGUUUAACUUCUCUGUACCUUUGAUGACACCACUAUGCAGCGCUUGACCCACUAUGAACCUGCGCAAAGUUGAGAUUCAGUGACUUCUUGGAUCUCGAACAUAUCAUCAUGACAUACAGUUGGUUAAUUGACAGCAGGAAAAUUGUGCAGUUGAGGAUUAAGUAUGGCCUAUAUUUAAAUGAAGAAAAUCCCAUAAAUUUACUAGGCGACUGCGUACUAAUGCCGAUCGUGUACAAAUCAGAGGGUACUAUACUCCGGUGAAGACAGACAGCGAACUAUCUGACAACAUUUUGUAAUUCCCGCUGGCAAGUUUAGCAGAACUGCGAUGUUGCUAGCUGGCUAGCAGCUGCUGCAUGUGACACAAGUGAACCUGACGUUAUUGACCCAGUGUAAGUGGAUUGAUACAAAAGGGUUUUUUUGGGCGCGAUUUUACUAGUAUUACGAAAUGUCUGAUGACAAUGCAACACAAGAUCUCCCGGAUCAGCCUACUGCUGAAGAGGUCAGUCUUGAGGCAACAGAGGACAGAGAUGAUGGCGAUCUGGACGUAACGCAGUCCACUGAAUCAGAUCACGUUGCGUUGGCGCACUCUGUCGGCGAGCAGCGGUGCUGCACGGAGUCGGCCGAGUGCCACUCCGUCUCUCCGCCACAAGACGUGCACGUUAUGGACGAGAAACUGCGUCCCAUCCAGGCUCAUCUGGAGUACCUGUUGAACAAGGCCGACGAGUACCAGGCCCAUCUCAUACAGAGGCGUGAUCGUCUCCAGAUUGAAGGUUUGUGUCGAGUGGUUCCCACCUUUCUGAAGAGCUGCCAUCCGUUCUUCAGCUACCUGGAGCACACAGCCAGGAGCUACCUACCCCACAGACCCCUGCUACCAGGUUACAUACGCACACAGUUGCUGCAUUUCUCUCAACAGCUGUGCAGUCGUCUGGAGGAACUGAUUCUGACGUACGCAUCAUACAACUUCCUGACUCUGGAAGAGACCAAUCCCCUCAGCAUCUCUCACUUCUUCAUCGGUCACUGUCAGGUGAACCACAUCAAGCUGUCCAUCUUCCGCUACUGUCGCCCCGCCCCGUUCCAGCAACUGCCCGCCUGCCGCCUCUACAAGCUCAUGCGCUGGAACGUGGAGCGGCUCACGGAGCGAGGGAUAGAGGUCCAGGACGGAGGAGGAGGAGCAGGAGGGAGAGAGAGGAAGAACAACAGCACAGAGUACUACUUCCUGUGCUAUGAGGAGGUAAGGAGAGAGGAGGACGGGUCAGGAGAGGAGGAGGAGAGUCUGAGCGAGGGAGAGAGAGGAGAGGAGGAGGAGGAGGGAGAGCGAAGGGAGAGAAGGUCGGAGGUCAAGAUGUGGUCUAUUGGGCAGUGGGUCCAGACGCACCCCAACCCAGAGACCGACGACAUCUACGAGUGGAUCCCGUGCGGCAUUCCUCGGGCGCACUACCAGCAGCUGUUCCACCUGGGGCUCACUGAGCCGUCCGUCUGCAGCGCCACCGACUGCCUGCUGGGGGCGCUGCUGUCUUACGACAGCCAAUAAGAACACCGCGCCACUGCUCACACAACCAAUGGGAACACAGCAUGACAACUAGAACAGCCAAUCAGAGCACAGCGUCAUGGCGACAACCACCAAUGGCUAAUAAGACUCAUAUGGCUAUAAUGGCUGUUAAUGGUGUGUUAAGGAUGUGGUUAGGCAUGUUAAAGAUAUGUUUAAAUGUGUUAAGGAUGUGUUGAGGUUGUGUAUUGGCAUGCCAAAGUAUGUUUAGGUAUGUUAAGGAUGUGUUUAUGGUCCAGGGGACACACACUCUGUUCUUGAGUGCCGUGGGGGGGGCUCAGUUCACACAGGGAAGUAGGCCAGAGUGAGCAGACCGCCCCAGGGAACCUGCUGCUGGGAUUGGAGCAGAAUCCUGCAGGGAGUUCUGAUUCCACAGUUCCAUUGUUCAGUCUCAGGGAAAUCUAGAACAGUGGAGUUAUUAGGUGUUCAGGAACCCAAGAGGGCCACACAUGAGCUAGUUUCUUGUUCACACUUUAUGCUCAUAAGCUGCUCUCGUUUCAUUGUUGUGCUUUGCACGUGUUGUUGGUAAUGUUUAGAGAGGCGUACACAGUCUGUAUGAAUCAAACAGGUUCUUUUUUACUACACCAUGCCGUAGUAUUCCUUAGAUAUUUUAAUAUAUGUAUAUACACACACAUACAUACAUACAUACAUAUACACUUCUCAGUGGGACCAGUCCAUUGAUUGAUGAAUGAUUUGAAGUUGUGUGUCCAUGUCAAAGUGCUGGUUUCAUUGUAAUCGUGUGUGUGUGUGUGUGUGUGUUUGUUCCAUUGAUUAAUGGAUGUUUGGAUGUAGUGGAGUUCACAUUAAAGCACUGGUUUCAUGGUGA